AGGCAUCCAUAGCGAAUUUCAAAUCCGCGUACAUUAUCGAAUCCAGCCAUAAUCAAGCUGGUGCUACUGAGGCUGAGACCUUUUUAAAGGCUACUCAGCAAUUGGUUACACGAUGGGAAGAAGGAGCUUGGAAAGUCCGAUGGAUUUGGCUAAUCAGAAUCGAGCCCUGUCUUGGUUUUUAACGUCGUUCUCCCACACAUCUUGACGGUCAUCGUCUUUUUUUUCUUCUUUACAUUUAACAAUGAAAUUAAAUAGGAUCAACUUUCUGUUGGUUGCAACGUUAGUGCUGCUUGGGUACUUUACUGUACAGGCAGACCAAGAUCAGCUCCAAAAGCCUAUAUUAGCUAAACAAGAUGAUGUUGAAACUCCAUUCUCUGACGGACUUCCCAAAGAGCUUUCACCUGAACAAUUAGACAAUUUGGAAACUGAAAAGUAUACUUUCCAGACCGAAGUAUCCCGCUUAAUGCAUCUUAUUAUCAAUUCACUUUACAAAUCGCGUGAGAUCUUUUUGCGUGAAAUAAUUUCCAACGCGUCUGACGCAUUGGACAAGAUCCGAUUUUUAUCCUUGACUGAUCCUGAAGCUUUAAAGAGCAACUCUGACUUACGUAUCACUAUUGCAGCAGACCCUGAAAGCAAGACACUUGUCAUCACUGAUUCUGGUAUUGGUAUGACACGUAAACAACUCAAGGACAAUUUAGGUACCAUUGCUAAAUCAGGUACCUCUGAAUUUUUGGCCAAAAUGGAGCAAAAUACAGAUGCCAUUACACAAAUUGGACAAUUUGGUGUUGGUUUUUACUCGGUUUUUCUUGUUGCUGAUAAGGUGACAGUAGCAUCCAAAUCAAACGAUGAUGAGGAUCAACAUAUCUGGCAAAGUACAGCUGUCGAUGAUUUCACUAUUGCAAAGGAUCCUCGUGGCAACACCUUACUUCGUGGUACACAAAUCACUUUGCAUUUAAAGCCUGAUGCAUAUCGUUUCUUGCAAGAGAAGAACUUGAAGGAAUUGGUCUACAAAUACUCUCAAUUUAUCACAUUCCCCAUUAUGGUUUGGAGUUCUGAAGAAAAAGAAGUACCUGUCAUUCAAGAUAUCGAUGAUGAUGAACUUAUUGAGGAAAGUAUUGAUGAAGAGCCCAAGACCGAAAAGCGUAUUGUCCACGACUGGCAUCAUGUCAAUGUUCAAAAGCCCAUCUGGAUGAGAGAUUCUAAAGAUAUUACAGAAAAAGAACACCAAGAAUUUUUCAAAUCAUUGACCCGUGAUACAGCAGACCCAUUGGCCUGGAGCCAUUUCAAGGGAGAAGGAGAGAUUGAAUUCCGUAGUGUGCUUUAUAUCCCAUCUGCCAUCACUGAUUUAUUCUACAACAAUAUCAAGACUGAACAAUCCAACAAGCCCAUCAAGUUAUUUGUCAAGCGUGUGUUUAUCUCUGAUGAAGUUGAAUUAUUACCCAAAUGGCUUUCAUUCUUGAAGGGUAUUGUGGAUGCUGAUGAUAUGCCAUUAAACGUAUCUCGUGAAACGCUUCAAAAGCAUCGUAGUCUUCGUAUUAUUACACGUCAUUUAAUCAAGAAGGCACUCGAUAUGUUUACCAAUUUAUCCAAAUCUGAUCCCGCUGCUUACAAGAAAUUCCUUGCUCAAUAUGGUACCAUUUUGAAAUACGGAGCCAUUGAAGAACAAUCUUAUCGUAAAAAGCUCACUAGUCUUUUGCGCUUCUCUUCUUCUUUCGAUACCGAGCCUUUCUCUUCUAGCUUAGAUGAUUAUAUUGAGCGUGCUAAAGCAGAACAAAGAAGUAUCUUUUUCAUGACUGGUAGUAACAUUGCAGAGAUUGAACAAUCACCCUUUAUCGAAGCACUUUUAGCCCGUGGAUAUGAAAUCAUCUAUUUUACUGAUCCUAUUGAUGAAACCUUUGUCGAAAAUAUCCCCGGAUACAAUGGAAAGAUGUUUGUUAACAUUGCCAAAGGAGAUGUUGAUUUUGCCGAGGAUGAUAAAGACAUGAUGAGAGAUAGCGAGUUGGAAAACAAGUUCAGACCAUUGACCGAGUGGUUAGUUUCUACAUUAAAUCAACAUAUCGACAAAGCAGUUGUCUCACGUAGAUUAACUACAUCCCCCUUGGCUAUUGUUGCCCCCAGAAAUGGAUUGAGUGGACAUGCACAACGUGUAUUAGAUGCACAAGGUGUAAAUCAUAAGAAUCCCAACAUGGAGCAGAUUAUGGAGUCCAUGAGAUCACAAAAGAAGAUUCUGGAGAUUAAUCCAAACCACCCUGUAAUGGAAACAUUAUUGGAUUAUGUCGAGCAAGAUAAUAUUACCAAAGACAUGACGAAUUUGAUCCAAUUAUUAUAUGAAACCACUUCAAUUAAAAGUGGCUUCCCCUUGAAGGAUAUCACUCAAUUUGCUGGUCGCGUUGAAGGUCUGAUUCGUAAGGCUGUUGGUAUUUCUAUUUUGGAAGAAGCUAAAGUCAGAGUAAAGAGAGCUGAAGAGAAGACUGAGGAAGAAAGAUUAGCUGAUGAAGAGAUGAAAAAGACUAAUAUCAUUUAUGAAACUGAAGAUGAUAUUGAGCAUGACGAAUUAUAAUUAUAAUAGCGCACUCCCUGAGGCUGAGGCGAAAAAAAAUAAUAAUAACAAAAUGUUUUUUUUUUUUUUUUGCACUAAUAAAAUAACAACAAGCCUUAUUCAUAUAAACAAUAACACCAGGAUGAAGGUUAUGUGAUUCUUUGUAUGUCUUC